CGUUCGUGGAUGGCUGUUGAUGUACACAAGGAAGACGCAGUGCACAAGUUCAGUCUGAGCCCGGGAGUCUAACGGGUUGAAUAAGGAGGAGGUGCUCAUGUCGGUGAAACAAUCAGCUCUGACAGGAAAUUGCAAGUGAAAUGAUGAUUUGAUUAAUUUGACGUGCUGUACAACACUUACUUUCACUCUGGGUACAAUAGAUGGCUACAGCGAAAAAAGGCACAAAGCCUAAGGUGGCUGGCGUUCGCUUUGCUGCAGGCUUUCAUGAAGAGGGAUCUCACAACCAUGUGCACUUUGACGAAAAGCUGCACGACUCUGUUGUAAUGGUGUGUCAGGAAGACGAUGGAAACUUUUUAGUCAAGGUUGGUUUUUUGAAAAUCUUGCACAAAUAUGAAAUCUCGUUCACGCUGCCUUCUGUACAAAAACUUGGGAAGUUUGUGUGUGCCGUUCCUCUCCCUAACUUAAACCUCAAAGUGACCAACAUUACAUCAACACCAGAAGGACACAGUGUAAAGUGCGAGUACACUGCCCAUAAAGAAGGGGUAUUAAAAGAAGAAAUAAUGCUGGCAAACGAGACCAAUGACAAGGCAGUCAUUAAAGUGGUUGUUCAAGCGCGAGUUUUAGAUCGGCACCAUGGAACCCCGAUGUUGCUGGAUGGGGUGAAGUGCGUUGGCGUGGAGCUGGAAUAUGAUUCAGAGCAGAGUGACUGGCAUGGCUUUGACUAAAACCUCAAUGACCGAGGGCAUAUUGCAUUAUUAUGCAACUGGAAAAGUGAAAGACAAUUUAUUGUAUAGUCAUGUUAUUUUUAUAGAUGGAAUUGGGACUCUGUGUGUUCAGCAGACUAUCAGUAAAUCACCUCAGUGAGUUGCAGCACUCAGCCAACUAGCUUUUGCUACCGUGACUGUACAGUAUUGCUGCUUAUCAGAAAAUCUGUUAUUCUAGUUGAAUGUGUUAAUGUUAGUAAAGCAAGAAGACUGAAUGAAGGUGUUACCUUUUUAUUUUAAUACAGAUUUAGCAAAGAUUAUUGCACCACCUGGCUUCACUGUGAAUCUAUGGAGCGGAAUUCUUCCGUAACCCUGUGCAGUAACCUUUACUAGAUCAGAGAACUACUAAGGUUUUAAUGGUACGAUUCCUAUACAUAGUGUCAGUGUCCUACAGUCAAUAAACUGAGCAAAGGGCACACAUUUGUGGGGUAUUUCUAGAUGUAGAAUGUAUUGUGUACAGAAGGGGUUUGAACUAACUUGUUUAUUGGGGUGUUUGGCUAGCGCACUGUUAAUUACUUUGCAGAGAACCUGAUUGAACUUUCUUACAACAUAUUGCUCCCCUGGCUUUCAGGACCAUUCAUGGCUGUAAUAUGUAAAUGACUCCCAAUGUAUUUUUUAUCAAACAGGUGUAGGCUUUUAAUCACAGCUACAAGGAGAAGUGUAAAUGCUGUUGCCAUGAGCUUUUAUUUGCUGAAUUUCUGUUGAUUAAUAAAAGCUGCCAUUGUUGGUAUUAUGUGUUA